AUUGGGUAGUCUCUCUUUCGGUGCUUACUGCUUCUUGUCUGCUCCCAAUCUCUCGAUCAGUCUCUCUAUCUUUUACUCUCUCUCUACAUUUUCUAUCAGCUGUAAGCUCUGUGUGUGUGUGUGUGUGUGUGUGUGUUUGUUGUGCUUGUAGUUGAAAGACCUUCUGAUGGUUGAUGGUAGAAGUUUUGGAAUGGAGGAACAAGCAUACACCGUGGCAUCUGACAGUGAAACACCUGGGGGAGAAAAAUCCUCAUCAACUUUUCCCGAAACUGCAAUAGGAAUCGACAUUGGCACUUCUCACUGCAGUAUGGCAGUGUGGAAUGGCUCCCAAGUGGAACUUCUCAGGAACAACAGAAACCAGAAGCUGAUGCGCUCCUAUGUGACCUUCAAAGAUGACAUUCCUUCUGGUGGGGUCACCAAUCAGCUGUCUCAAGAGUACGAAAUCUUAUCUGGUGCCGCAAUCUUCAACAUUGUACGUUUAAUCGGUAGAGUGGACACGGAUCCCGUUGUCCACGCGAGCAAAACCCUCCCUUUUUUGGUGCAAACUUUAGAUAUCGGUGUUCGACCCUUUAUUGCAGCUUUAGUGAAUAACAUGUGGAGAUCGACUACUCCAGAAGAAGUUCUAGCUAUAUAUUUGGUGGAAUUGAGAACCAUGGCUGAAAUUCAAUUGAAGCGCGUUGUGAGGAAUGUUGUUUUAACCAUUCCAGUUGCAUUCAGCCGGUUUCAACUCACCAGAGUUGAGCGGGCUUGUGCCAUGGCGGGCCUCCAUGUCUUGAGAUUGAUGCCUGAACCAACAGCUGUAGCUUUGCUAUAUGCGCAGCAGCAGCAACAAAAUGUGCCCGACAAUAUGGGAAGCGGAAGUGAGAAGAUUGCGCUUAUUUUCAACAUGGGUGCUGGGUACUGUGAUGUAGCUAUAACUGCUACAGCAGGUGGAGUUUCACAGAUAAAAGCACUAUCGGGAAGCACUAUCGGAGGAGAAGACAUGCUUCAGAAUCUGAUGCACCAUCUUUUACCGAAUAUGGACAAUCUCUUUUCGAGUCAUGGUGUAAAUGAGAUCAAGUCAAUGGGGUUGCUUAGAGUCUCUAUACAGGAUGCAAUUCACAAGCUGUCAUCUGAAACAAGUGUUCAAGUUGAUGUGGAUUUGAGAAACGGGUCAAAAAUAAGUAGGGUUGUGCAACGUGAGGAAUUUGAGGAAGUGAACAAGAAUGUGUUUGAGAAAUGUGAGAUUCUCAUACAACAAUGCUUGAAAGAUGCGAAGGUUGAAGCAGAAGAUGUGGAUGAUGCGAUACUUGUGGGAGGGUGUUCCAAUAUACCGCGGAUAAGGAAUCUUGUUAUGGGUACAUGUAAAAAAGAGAGAAUCUAUACGGAGAUGAACCCGUGGGAGGCUGCAGUUGUGGGGGCCGCAUUGGAAGGAGCUAUUGCUUCCGGUGUCAGUGAUCCUUUCGGGACCUUGGACCUUCUAACAAUUCAAGUCACUCCUCUGAGUGUUGGGAUUCGAGCCGAUGGAAACACUUUUGUACCCAUUAUUAAUCGGAACACCACGAUGCCAUCGAGGAAAGAUUUGACUUUCACUACUGUGCAUGAUAACCAAACUGAAGCACUUAUUGUUGUUUAUGAAGGGGAAGAGCAGUUGGUGGAGAAGAACCAUCUUUUGGGCUAUUUUAAGAUUACUGGGAUUCCCCCGGCUCCAAAAGGGGUUCCGGAAAUCAACGUGGGUAUGGAUAUCGACACUUCGAACGUGCUGAGGGUUUUCGCAGGGGUGUUGGUGCCUGGAACUCAGAAUCCGGUGACUCCUUUUAUGGAAGUUAGGAUGCCGACUGUUGAUGAUGGGCAUGGAUGGUGUGCUGAAGCUCUACUCAGAAAGUAUGGGUCUAGUUUGGACUUGAUUAUGGUGCAGAAGAAGAUGCAGCAGUGAGACGGAUACUGUAACUAUCAUCAUGUGUGUUCUAUUCCCGGUUGGCAGAAAUAAUUAUAAACAAAACAGUUUUAAUUAUCUUAUGAUGUUAGCAAUGUACUCUGUUGUAAUUUCGAAUAAGAGUGUGAUGAUUUCAGGAUUA